UCGCAGACCGUGACGUCAUCAGUGCGCGCUAGCAAUCAGAAGGAGGGCUGCGCUGUUGCACGUUGGCGUUUAUUAAGAUUAUUUAUUUUGUAUUUCUUUCUGUGUUAAAAAACUUAGCGUAGAAAUGUCAGUGACAGAGAUGUUCAGUUAUAUCCAGGGUUUCCUAAGCGCGGACCAGGAUGUUAGAGAGGACAUCCGUAAAGUGGUCCAGACCUUGGAGCAAACAGCCAGAGAAAUCCUGACAGUUCUGCAGAGCGUCCACCAGCCCACAGGCUUCAAGGAGAUUCCCAGUAAAUGCACAAAGGCCAGAGAGUUGUUCUGCACAGUUAGGACGCAGCUAUCAGAGCUUAAAACGAAAUUUCCUGUGGAGCAGUAUUACAGGUUCCACGAGCACUGGCGUUUUGUUCUGCAGCGCCUCACGUUUUUGGCGGCGUUUGUCGUUUAUCUGGAAUCUGAGACUUUGGUGACGCGAGAAGAUGCCGCUCAGAUCCUUGGCAUCGAGGUGGUCAGAGAAAAAGGCUUUCAUCUGGACAUAGAGGACUAUUUGGCUGGAAUCUUAAUUAUGGCCAGUGAACUGUCCCGCCUUGCUGUAAACAGCGUCACGGCUGGAGACUACACUCGCCCAAUCCGAAUCUCAAACUUCAUCAAUGAACUGGACUCUGGUUUUCGGCUCCUGAAUUUGAAAAACGACCCUUUGAGAAAGCGCUACGACGGCCUCAAAUACGACGUGAAGAAAAUUGAAGAGGUGGUGUACGAUUUGUCCAUUCGUGGUUUGGCAAAAGAAGCAGAGACUGAAGCUAAUAAGUAGUGACUGAAACUGGACGCUGGAUUUUUGGAUUUUGGGGUUAAGAUCUUUUUCUAUGGGCUCAGCCUGGACUUAAACUCAGGCUAUCAGAAGCCCCAAAUAGGUGGGUUUGUGAGUUGGGCUUAGAAGUUGUACAAGAUUUCUAAUUAGAAGUGGGCGAUAUUGACCAAAUGAAUACCUCCAUUAAAUUUUUUUAUUUUGUCUUUUUGAUUCUUUUGAUAACAAAAAUCUUGUAUUUGGACAGUCUAUCAAAAAUGCGCUUAACAGUUUUAUAAACAUGAGGUUCUGAGGUUCAAGUAAUAGUAUUAAGUAAACGUAAAACACAAAAGUGCAAAAAUGGUAUGCAGGAAAUAGGAAUAGGGAUUUGCCAAUACAGAUACUAGAAUUGAAUAUCGGCAGAGUUUUUAAUAGGAAGUAAUAAGACUAUUUACUGACUGAUUUUGGCCUUGAAUGUCUCAUAAUUUUUGAUCUUUCAUUCAUACAAAGCUGUUCAAUAGUUAUUUGCAGGAUAAAUAACACAGUUGGGUCAUAACUUAUUAUACAAUUUAACAGUGUUUUAAGGAAAUAGGUGCUAAUUUUAAUCCCUACACUAGUAUUGGUUAAUAUCUAGUAUCGGCAGAUACUUAAAUCGAAAGUAUUGACAUGAGUAUUGGAAAUGAAAAAGCUGGACCCCACCAUAUACAGAUGACACUGCACUUUUUUUUUUUCUUUUUUUUUUUUAUCAACAAAUGUAACAACUUUUUGACUGUUCUUUCAGACAGUAUAGCGUAUAUAUUCUCAUUUUCAAAACAUGGAAAAAUCAGUAUAUUGCCCACUUCUAAUGUAAUUCAUAAUUUUCAAAAGUAAAAUGAGUAGUUCUUGAUCACAUUGGGCAAUAAUUAUGCCUUAUUUUACAUUCCUCCAUUUCAUCUGCAAACUUUGAUGGUGAUAUGGUAGUCUGACUGGACAUGUUACACAAAGUCAAAUCAACAGUUAAUCACAUUCAAGUGAUUGGAAACAAUGCAUGUAUUAAGUGUUAAGUAAUGCCUUUCUAUUAGCAACAAUUAGACAGUCCAAUAAGACAGCUUGAAUACAUACAUUUUAACUCUAAAAAGGGCACAGUGCAUAUAGAUAGGAUGGAUUUUCUAAACUGAAUAAUUGCAUGAUUUUGAAUUUACAUCUUGAAAAGGUGCAGAAUUUCAAGUAAAGUAGAGCCAAUUAAUUUGAGUCAAAAACACAUUAAUUUUUCAAAUCAUCCUAGAAAUGAUCAUAAGAGACCAAUGUUAACUUUUCUGUGUGCUUAUAAGACCUGGUUACUGUUUGUGCCUGAUGAGAAGACAAUGGGGUCUUGAACUGCCAUUUUAGUUUUCACCACCAGAUGCCACCAAAGCCAACUCACGUUCCCUUUAAAUCAGUCUGUAGUUAAUAUUAACAACUUGACCGAGUUGCCCAUUGCAAUUUAAGGAGCUACAGCUACACAUGACAAGCAUAAGGGUUAUAUAUUAUGCAAAAUUGUAAAAGUUCUGUUUUUAAAGAGGGGGUAUUAUGCAAAAUUGACUUUUUGAGCAUGCCAUGUUAUAACAUUUUUCCUUCAUCAGAAAAAUGUCUUAAGAUGUUUGUCAUCAGUGCAUGUUUGAGUAAUUUAUCUCUUCCAAAACAAUAAAAGGUAACAUGGUGAUCUAAAUCUGUUAUGUGUUAGCGUUAAUACCCCAUCAAAGUGUAAUACCCCUCUUUGAAGUCAACUUUAAACUAAAAAAAAAUGGAAACAUCUUGCACUAUAUAGGACCUUUAAGUUUGGUUGCAGUUUGCUUAUGAGAGGCAAUUUGUGUAAUGUAAUGAUUGUAGUUUGAAUUAAGUCAGUUCUAAGUGUUUUUGUUUACAGUUUUGACACAAGUGCAUAUCAAUGUUUCCUUAUUUGAAAGUUGUCAGCCAUUAUCAACUUGUUUUCUGUUUAAAAUGGUCACCUCACUCUGUAUUAUCAAGCUAUAAAGCUGCAUUUUGUGUGUGUAUUCCUGUUGUCAAAUGCAUUCAACUAGGCGAAGCAUCCAAAGGCCUCAUUUAAAGCAUGAAAAUGUCCAACUUUAGUAAUGCAAUAAUUCAAAAGUUAUUUCUAUUUUUGAAAAGUAGCAUUGAUUUGUCCUGAUUUUAAUAUGCAUAAGGCUUUUUCUCUAAAUGAGGCAGUUGGAAAAUUUAAGCCAAAGAAUAAAAAAUAAGAAGCACUUUGUGAAGUUUAAGCUGUUAAAAUUGUGCCAAUUCUUAAAAAGCAUUUUCACAUUUUCCAAGUUGCAUUACUUUGAGUGAACCUUGAUUUUUUAUUAUUUUUUUUUUUUGGGAGUACAUUUUUGCAGAAUUUUGCUACUAAAGUGCAUGGAGCUGUUAUUGUUUGGAGAUGUUGUGAGGCAGUGUUAGUAAUUUGCAAUCAUAUUUGUAGUUUCAUGGAAAAAAAAGACAAUGUAAAGUUGUAUUUUUGAUUUUGUAUAAAAAAUACUCUUUAA